AUGCAGUGCUCUAGGGAAGAUAAGACUUCGGUGACCCUGAAAAAGGAUCUCCUGCUACAGUUAGAUCCCUACAAGUCCAUGGGGCUUGGUGGGAUCCAUCUGAGAGUCCCCAGAGAGCUGACUGAUGUCAUCACCAGGCCUCUCUCUAUGAUUUCUGGGAGGUCCUGGGAAUCUGGAGAGAUCCCAGUUGACUGGAAACUGGCUAAUGUUCCAAUAUUCAAGAAGGGCAAGAAGGAGAACCCUGGAUACUACAGGCCAUAUUCUCUUGGACAAAAUGUCCAGCAUACAGUUGGACAAGCCUACCAUAAGAUGGGUGAGCAACUGGCUCACAGAUCAAGCACAAAGAGUGACAGUGAAAGGGGAAAAACACAGUUUAAAGUGGUAAUAACAGCACUUUCUCCAAAAGAAGCCACCAGAAUUUACACCCCUCACCCUUUGGAUAGAAAUGAUGGCACAUUUCUGAUGCGGUAUCGGAUGUAUGGGAGUGUCAGAAAAGGGUUGAAAAUUGAGAUAUUUUAUGGUGACCAGCAUGUAGCUCAAUCUCCUUAUAUUUUGAAAGGACCAGUUUAUCAUGAAUAUUGUGACUGUCCUGAAGAAGACCCUGAGACCUGGCAGAAUGUUAUGUCUUGUCCAUCCCAGGAACCUCAGAUUACAAAGGACUUCAUGUCUUUUCCCACCAUUGAUCUUCAGCGAAUGCGUAAAGAAAUUCCAAAAAAAUUCAGUCAAACAAGAGGUGCUAUUGUCCAUUACACUAUUCUCAAUAAUCACAUCUACCGUCGUUCCUUAGGGAGGUAUACAGACUUCAAAAUGUUCUCUGAUGAAAUGUUCCUGUCACUGGCAAGAAAGGUUCGUCUUCCUGAUGUGGAGUUUUAUCUGAAUGUUGGAGACUGGCCAGUCGAAUAUCGGAAGGCUAAUGACACACCUGGCCCUCUACCUGUCAUUUCGUGGUGUGGCUCUGUGGAUUCAAGAGACAUAGUCCUUCCAACGUAUGAUGUAACCCACUCAACUCUUGAAACCCUACGUGGUGUCACAAAUGAUCUCCUUUCUAUUCAAGGAAAUACAGGCCCGUUGUGGGAAAACAAAACUGAGCAAGCUUUAUUUAGAGGUCGAGACAGCCGAGAAGAACGUCUCCAUCUUGUCAAGUUAUCCAAGGAAAAUCCAGAACUACUAGAUGCUGGAAUAACAGGGUAUUUCUUCUUCAGAGAAAAAGAAAAAGAGCUGGGAAAGGUUCAGCUGAUGGGCUUCUUUGACUUCUUUAAGUACAAAUACCAGGUGAAUGUCGACGGGACUGUAGCAGCUUACAGGUUUCCAUACCUCUUGCUGGGUGACAGCCUAGUAUUGAAACAAGAUUCCCAGUACUAUGAACACUUUUAUAUUGGAUUAAAACCAUGGAAACAUUAUGUUCCAGUUAAGAGAAACUUAGAGGACUUGCUAGAGAAAAUAAAAUGGGCUAAGGAAAAUGAUGAAGCAGCAAGAAAAAUUGCUAAAGAAGGACAAUUAAUAGCAAGAGAAUUACUUCAGCCUCAUAAGUUUUACUGCUACUAUUAUAAAGUGCUCCAGGAAUAUGCCAGACGCCAAGCCAGCAAACCUGAAAUACAGGAUGGCAUGGAACUUGUACCUCAGCCUGAUGACAGGGACUCAGUAUGCAGUUGCCACAGGAAAAAGCUUUUAAGGGAAGAUCUAUAACUGUACCAGAUGAAGAAAAUCGCCCACUUACAAUGCAAGAAUUUAAAUAGGUAUUAAGCUGUGAAAUCUUAGACACUACGGACUAGGAAACAUUCUUACUUGUGUAUUCUUCUUGUAUUUACAUAUUCUUUUUUACACUGACUCUGAUCUACAACAUUGGUUCCCACAGUUUUGUUCCGUGACCACCACCAGACAGAUACUGAGCCUGUAAUGGGGAGUGUCUGGGGGACUUGUUUGAUGUGCUGCAUCAUCAGGAAGAAGAGCACAGUGCUGCUGGUGUUCCAGCUGGGACCUGGCUACCAAAGUUUUAUAAGGAACUAGUCAUCCACAAAAGAUCUUCCAUGAGUCAGUGCAAGUUAUUCUAAAGGAGCAUUUGCAACAUACUUAAACAGUGUUAUGACUUCUUCAUAAAGUAUACCUCAGUGUUAGAUUGUUUCUUGUAUACAAAACAGUUUUCUAACUAGACAAAGAAAAUGAAUAUUUGAGAUUUACAGAUA